CUUAUCUCUUAUCGCUGAUAAGUAAAAGUACAAUUUUAUUUCUACAAUCUGCAGGUCGCGCCAAAGUCUUCAAGCUACAUCUCGUCGCAUCAGAACUUCUGUAAAAAUGGCGCCUUCGAGAACAAAAACAGUCAAAAAUAAACAUGCCGCGAACAAAUCCGGUAUAAGUUCCAGCAAAUCGUCAAAAGGCGGUCCGUCAGAUGGCAUCGUCAAGUCAAAACGGAAGGGUCCGGUGCUCUCGAAGCAAGUAAGAGGGAAAAACAUUCCUGACCUACUGAAGAAGAAAAAGAAGAGGGUCUACUCGGAGAAGGAAUUGGGUAUUCCAGAAUUGAAUAUGGUGACCCCGGUCGGAGUUACAAAGCCUAAAGGGAAGAAGAAAGGCAAAGUCUUCGUAGACGACAAGGAAAGCAUGAACACGAUUCUAGCCAUGGUCCAAGCCGACAAGGAUGGGGAGAUCGAAUCCAAGAUGAUUAAGGCCCGACAGAUGGAAGAAAUCCGCGAGGCGAGAAGGGUCGAGGCAGAGAAGAAGGAGGACGAGAAAAAGGCAAAGCUCGACGAGACCAAGGAUUCGCUGAGGAGAAAGAGAAAGAGGACCAAGCAGUCUAAUGAGAACGACGACGGUGAUGGAAUCAAGGAAGUCGCAUCUGCUGGGACCAAGGCCACCAAACCCAAGAAGAAGAGGGUAUCGUUCGCCUAGGAGAUUUUGAAUGGGAAUAUGAAUGACUGGACGGCGUUUUGGCGUUGAUUCGGGCCACCCCCGAGAAAAUACGAGCAUUGAUCGAUAAGAUUAGCAUCAAAGCAUUUUCGUGAUACCCCUAGGACGAAAUUAAUACGGCCAUUACUAUGUGCAUGGGUCCAAUCAAGCUACUCGAGUUAGUUUAUCAUACAACUAGAAGAUGGUUCCAAUCCCAAUCGUAUUACCUCCUCAAACAUACGCCUUACGCUCGGGAUGUAGCUUAGAAGGGUAUGCGAACCGACGGCAUAGCCUUCCACUGCCGCCAACAUGAUUAACAUAGUCGUCGACCCUGCUAUAUAGCACGCUUGCGAAGAGGUCCAUUAAUAAAUGACUAAGUAGCGAUUUAAUUAAGCUAAGCGCUUCAAAAGCUGCGAGUCAAUAUAGGUAAAUAGAUAAGUAUGGGUAGAUGCUCAUAAAAUUGGUGAGCUUAAUGAGGGUGGAUUCGAGAACAAUGCAACUCUAAAAUAUAACGAGCUUUUCCACCUAAGCUCAAAAUAGGCCUCGAUGAGGUGUUGGAAUGUUUUAGAAAGGAAUCAAGUAUUAGAUAAGUUUAAGAAUAACUAUUCGCCUGCUUAUUGUAUGGGCGAAUGGUAGGUGUCAUAAUAGAU